GACUCUUUCUAGACUAUGUCUGCUAAAGAAAAGGGGAAAUUUGAAGAUAUGGCAAAGGCUGACAAGGCUCGUUAUGAAAGAGAAAUGAAAACCUACAUCCCCCCCAAAGGGGAGACCAAAAAGAAGUUCAAGGACCCCAAUGCCCCCAAGAGGCCUCCUUCGGCCUUCUUCUUGUUCUGUUCUGAGUACCGCCCAAAAAUCAAAGGCGAGCAUCCUGGCUUAUCCAUUGGUGAUGUUGCGAAGAAACUAGGAGAGAUGUGGAACAACACUGCUGCGGAUGACAAGCAGCCCUAUGAAAAGAAGGCUGCCAAGCUGAAGGAGAAGUAUGAGAAGGAUAUUGCUGCCUACAGAGCUAAAGGAAAACCUGAUGCAGCGAAAAAGGGGGUGGUCAAGGCUGAGAAGAGCAAGAAAAAGAAGGAAGAGGAAGAUGACGAGGAGGAUGAAGAGGAUGAGGAAGAGGAGGAAGAAGAGGAAGAUGAAGAUGAAGAAGAAGAUGAUGAUGAUGAAUAAGUUGGUUCUAGCGCAGUUUUUUUUCUUGUCUAUAAAGCAUUUAACCCCCCUGUACACAACUCACUCCUUUUAAAGAAAAAAAUUGAAAUGUAAGGCUGUGUAAGAUUUGUUUUUAAACUGUACAGUGUCUUUUUUUGUAUAGUUAACACACUACCGAAUGUGUCUUUAGCUAGCCCUGUCCUGGUGGUAUUUUCAAUAGCCACUAACCUUGCCUGGUACAGUCUGGGGGUUGUAAAUUGGCAUGGAAAUUAAAGCAGGUUCUUGUUGGUGCACAGCACAAAUUAGUUAUAUAUGGGGACAGUAGUUUGGUUUUUGGUUUCUUUCUUUUUUUUUUUUGUUUUUUUUUUUUUUUUUUUUGGUUUUCUUUUUUUUUCCAUCUUCAGUUGUCUCUGAUGCAGCUUAUACGAAGGUAAUUGUUGUUCUGUUAACUGAAUACCACUCUGUAAUUGCAAAAAAAAAUGGCGGCUGUUUUGUUGACAUUCUGAAUGCUUCUAAGUAAAUACAAUUUUUUUUAUUAGUACUGUUGUCCUUUUCAUAGGUCUGAAAGUUUUCUUCUCAAGGGGAAGCUAGUCUUUUGCUUUUGCCCAUUUUGGGUCACAUGGAUUAUUAGUGUGUAUCUUCAUAUAGUUGGAAAAAUCUUUUGUCCACACACCCUGCAUAUUGUGGUAGGGGUAACAUUUUCAUCCACAGUUGAAGAAUUCUCCAAAAUUGUGAUCAGUUGGAUAAGAGAUACUCUACUUAGCAAAGCAAGGAGUGAUCAAUUCUGUCACACCAUGGGAUUAUUAGAUCAAACAGUCUGAAAGUCUGUCCUUGAAGGACUAAUAGAAAAGUAUGUUCUGCUCCUUACCUGAGGACUCCUUUAACUGCCAUUACUGUGUAAUGACAGUUAUAUUUUGCAGUUUCCCCUACUAAAGACCUGAGAAUGUAUCCCCAAAAGCGUGAGCUUAAAAUACAAGACUGCUGUACUAUUUGUUGACCUUAGUCCCAGCGAAGGCUAUCAUGAGAAGCUGGCUGUAAUGCCUUUGCCCUUCUAUCUAAAUACGGAUUGCUCAGGAAACUUGACUGUUUAAAGGUAUAUUUAAUUAGUUGAGCCAGCUUUUAAAAUUAUGCCACAUUUAAAAUGAAGGGUAUAUUUUCCUAUAUUGUGGUUUGUCCCUUUAUAAAUCAGAUACAAGGAAAGCGGAUAAACUUUGCAUAUUAGUACCAGUUGUCCAAGCCAUUUGCUUUUUCUUUAUAAAGCCCGAACUCAUUCAUUAAUCAUGUUUAAUCUGCUUAGUUUAGGGAACAAUUUGGCAAUUUUGUGGGUUUUCUUUUUUCUUUUUUUUCUUUUUUUUUUUUUGAGAUUAUCAUUCUCUUAAAGUGCCAGUGUUUUAAAAUAGCGUUCUUGUAAUUUUCCGCGCUUUUGUGAUGGAGUGCUGUUAUAUCAUUUUGACUUGGGUUCUUUACAGUUGCCUUUGUUCUGUAAUUUGAGGAGGAAUACUGAACAUGAGUCCUGGAUGAUACUAAUAAACUAAUAAUUGCAGAGGUUUUAAA